UUGCACCAUGGAAGUUGGGAAGAGUAUCGCGGUGGGGUGAUAAACGCGUUGUGAAUGGUGGGGAUCACAGUGGAGGAAACACGAUCUGUUAUCGGUGAACUGGAGUAAUUUAACACGUCUUUUUGUCCUUUGGAUUUCUGAGAAGACUGUCCUCUCCAUACGUAAUCUGGAGCCUAGUCGGUAUGAGGAAUGAAUGGACCAUCUGCCUCUAGAAUGUGGAGUUUCUGCCUCGAGCAGGCAAUUUGCUUCUUUCAUGCUGUUGUCCAGUAAGGCAGGAGGCAUGCCAGCUCCUGAGCAGACCCCUUUUAUGGAGGAGGGGCUGCUGCUGACCUCUCGGGAAGCCUCCACAGACCAAGGCCUAGUGGAACCUGAGGCUACAGCCACCACCAUUUUAGCAUCUGUGAAAGAACAGCCUGAGAAAGAUGAUCAUUCCAUGUUUGUACCAUCGUCCAGGGACUCCACCUCUGUGCCGGUCCACAAAGACCUGGAUGGACUGAUUGAAAAAGAACAUGAAACAUCUGAAGAGAGGAGCUUGGAGCUCCAGUUUGAAAGACUCACAAGAGAGCUUGAGGUGGAACGGCAAAUUGUUGCCAGUCAGCUGGAAAAAUGCAGACUUGGAGCAGAAUCACCUAGCAUUGCCAGCAUCAGCUCUACAGAGAAGUCCUUCCCCUGGAGAGCAAUAGAUGCAGCAACAAGUGAAGCUAGCAGAUCCAGAGGUUCAGAUCACUCCCAUCCUGCUGCCUAUCGUAUUAGAACUGAACAGGAACAAGUGACAUUGUAUUCACCUGAACAGACGUCUCUUCAUGAAAGUGAGGGAUCCCUAGGAAAUUCCAGGAGUUCUACACAAAUGAAUUCCUACACGGACAGUGGAUACCAGGAAGCUGGAAGUUACUACAGCAGUCAGAACAUGGGCAAGCCCGAAUUUAGACAUCAGCAUUCGUAUCCUGGAAACAUUGGCUCUAAUCAUGUGGUAAGGAGCUGUCGAGCUGAAGGCCAGACAUUAAUCCAGCCUCCAACAACAAUAACUGCAUUGUCUAACAGAGCAAUGAGACGGGUUAGCUCUGUUCCAUCUAGGACACAGUCUCCUGCUUAUGGCACUGGUAUUUCUCCACCAAGAGGAUCAUUGAGGACUUCAGUAGGAAGUGGUUAUGCUUCUCCAGUUGUUACGGAACCCAGAUCUCUUGGAUCUAGUGUCUUUCCCUCCUCAACCUUACCAACACAAAGAGGAGGCUCCCCUUACACCUUGCAAAGAGCUGCGUCACCUUCAGGAAUCCGUAGGAUCUCUUCAGUCACUUCCAGGCCGUCUACCAAUCCAAGUCGUGCAGCAUCACCCUUUCAGAAUCUAGGAAUGUCUGUCAGAGUUGGUUCACCCCUCACUAUGCUCGAAACUAAAACAAGACUGGGAUCUCCUUCUCAAGCCCAAAUUGGAUCUUCUUCCCCCAAAAGACCUGGAAUGACUGCAGUUCCACAGCACAUAGGGACAGAUUUACAAAGAACAUUUCACCAAGACAUUGAUCAGUAUGGACCCCAGUCAUAUGACAUUUAUGAAAGAAUGGUUCCACCUCGGCCAGACAGUCUUACAGGUUUACGAAGUUCAUAUGCCAGCCAACACAGCCAGCUUGGACAAGACCUGCGAUCAGCUAUGUCCCCUGAUUUACAAAUCACACCUAUUUAUGAGGGGAGAACGUUUUAUAGUCCUGUGUACCGCAGUGCAAACCAAGGCUCUGUGGAUCUCCAUCAUGGAACCCAGACAGCAGUAUACCACUCUGGUUCAGGUGUUGGAAAUCUACAGAGGACUUCAAGUCAGCGCAGUGCUGUAACGUACCAAAGAAAUAAUUAUGCUUCAAAUACAGCAGCCAACUUUAACGAACCCUACAGAUCAAUGCUGUAUCGACCAUCAGACUCCAGUUACAACAGGCUCCAACAAGGAACGACGGUUGAUGAUGGUACAACAAGAUCCCCUUCCAUAGACAGUGUUCAGAAAGACCCAAGGGAGUUUGCAUGGCGUGAUCCAGACUUGCCUGAAGUUAUUCAUAUGUUACAGCAUCAGUUUCCGUCAGUGCAGGCAAAUGCAGCUGCGUACCUACAACACCUGUGCUUUGGAGAUAAUAAAGUAAAAUCAGAGGUAUGUCGUCUGGGUGGAAUUAAGCACUUGGUCGAUCUUUUGGAUCACAAGUCACUUGAAGUUCAGAAGAAUGCUUGUGGUGCGCUGCGAAACCUUGUAUAUGGCAAAGCUACUGAUGACAAUAAGAUAGCAGUGAAAAACAGUGGAGGGAUUCCUUCACUUUUGCGUUUGUUGAGAAAAAGUGUUGAUGCAGAAAUCAGAGAGCUUGUAACAGGGGUCCUUUGGAAUCUCUCAUCGUGUGAUGCUGUGAAAAUGACAAUCAUUCAUGAUGCCUUAGGAACUCUGACAAACACGGUCGUAAUUCCCCAUUCCGGUUGGAGUACUAAUUCUUCUUUUGAUGAUGAAAGGAAAGUCAAGUUCCAUUCUUCACUGGUACUGCGAAACACCACUGGCUGCCUGAGGAAUCUCAGUUCAGCAGGAGAAGAGGCACGUAAACAGAUGCGGUCGUGUGAAGGGCUGGUUGAUUCGUUGCUGUAUGUUAUCCAGACAUGUGUGAACACAUCUGAAUUUGACAGCAAGACUGUUGAAAAUUGUGUUUGCACAUUGCGAAAUCUCUCUUAUCGCCUGGAAAUUGAGGUUCCACAAGCUCGGCUGCUAGGUACAAAUGAACUAGAUGGCUUGCUUGGCAGUGAAUCUCCCAGCAAAGAUUCAGACUCAAGCUGUUGGGGCAAGAAGAAAAAAAAGAAAAAGAAGCAACCACAAGAAGAUCAGUGGGAUGGUGUUGGACCAAUUCCAGGAUUUUCCAAAUCUCCCCGGGGUGUUGAAAUGUUGUGGCAUCCAUCAGUAGUCAAGCCAUAUCUAACGCUGCUAGCAGAGAGUUCAAACCCAGCCACUCUAGAAGGAGCUGCAGGAUCUCUGCAGAAUCUUUCCGCAGGCAACUGGAAGUUUGCUGCCUACAUUCGUGCUGCUGUUAGAAAGGAAAAAGGACUUCCAAUCCUUGUGGAGCUUCUAAGAAUGGACAAUGAUCGAGUGGUCUGUUCCGUUGCAACUGCCUUAAGAAACAUGGCAUUAGAUGUACGAAACAAAGAAUUAAUCGGUAAAUAUGCUAUGCGGGACCUGAUCAAUCGUCUUCCUGGUGGUAAUGGCCCAAAUGUGUUAUCUGAUGAAACUGUAGCAGCAAUCUGUUGUGCAUUGCAUGAAGUCACCAGCAAAAACAUGGAAAAUGCCAAAGCUCUGGCAGACACUGGGGGAAUAGACAAAUUGGUGAACAUUACAAAAGGAAAAGGUGAAAGAUCAUCUCUUAAAGUGGUCAAAGCAGCAGCUCAGGUGUUAAAUACGUUGUGGCAAUACCGGGACCUCCGCAGCAUUUAUAAAAAGGAUGGUUGGAAUCAAAGUCAUUUCAUUACACCUGUGUCCACACUGGAGCGAGAGAGAUUUAAAUCUCAUCCAUCCUUAUCCACAACCAAUCAUCAGAUGUCUCCAGUGGUCCAGUCAGUUGGUAGUGCAACAUCAUCGCCAGCACUUUUGGGAAUAAGAGGACCUCAUUCUGACUAUGAACGAGGUCAGACAUCUAUGCAAUACUAUAACAGUCAGGGGGACAGCAUCAAGCACAGCACUGAAUCCAGUAAGCCCUCACCAAUCUACAUAGGUUCAUAUUCUUCACCAGCAAGAGAAGACGACAGAAGACUGCAACAUCAACAGCUGUAUUACCCCCAAGAUGACAAAAACAGAAGAAAUUACGAUGCCUACAGAAUGUAUUUACCAUCACCGCACAGUUAUGAAGAUCCUUAUUUUGAUGACCAAGUACAAUAUUCCUCCACAACAGAUUAUGCUGCACAACACGGACUCAAAUCCACAACCAAUUAUGUGGAUUUCUACUCUGCUGCCCGACCGUACAGAGUAGAGCAGUACCCAGGGUCGCCAGACUCUUGGGUGUAGCAUUAGGAGGACAAAUACAAAACAAACUCUGCCUUUCUUUUAAUAGAACUGAAUGUUCGUUUUUGUUUGGGGUUUUUCAUCGAUGGAGAAAAUGUGAAUGUGAACCAAAGGAAGGUUAGAAGGAAGAGUGCAACUUUGGAGGGAUCACAGGAAGAGAAUCUGCAAGACAGAAAUGGAGUCUUUGCUCUGUGUAGAUGAUAGAUCUGUUAACUUGUAGAGCCUGUAGUUUGGUGAAGGUGUGGGCCAUGUGAUGAAAGGUUUGCGCUAGUAAAUCUGAUCCUAAUGAUGUGUAGGUUCAGGCAGAAUGGACAAUGUUUCCCAUUGUGAAUAAGUCCAAUUUUCAAGUUUGUACAGAGAAAUGCUGUUUUUUUUUUCCUUUUGUUCAGAUGCUAACUACAGAAAAUCAUGUAUGGUAUUCCUUCUUGUAAAUUUAUUUCAUUGUUGUAAAUAUGAGUCUGCCUCAUGAACCACAGUACGCGUGCCAUCAUUUGUAAUGCAGUAUGUCAUUUUGCAAUGAAUUUGAAACCGCUAACACCACAAAAGAGCUCUUCUAAAUGCUAAUAAAAAGAUUAAUUUUGUUUUUAAUGAGAUUGUGUAAUAAUGAAACAGAGAGAAUGUCUACACUUUUAUUUUUCCAUUCCCUUCCUCUUUCAUGAUGUUCACUGCCAUUUUCUAUGCACCCAGAACAAAAUAAAUGAGUAACUAUUGACGUUU